UGGCAGAUUUGUGUGAUUCAAUCAAGAAUUCAUUUAUUUUAACUGCAGGAUCAAUCAUGUUUACAAAUGAUCGAAGACAAGUAGAGCGUACAGGAAGAUAUGGCACUCCAAGGUUGCAAUAUCUUCAGGAAUUGGUUGGUCAAUUUCAGAAUACAACAGAUGAAGAAUUGAAGGAGAAAAUAGUUGCUCAUUUGGUGAACUUUGCCUAUGAUCCUUACAACUAUACUUUUAUGCGACAGCUAAAUAUUUUGGAACUGUUCCUAGAUUGCAUCACGGAGCCAAAUGAGAAACUUGUGGAAUUUGGGGCUGGUGGGAUCUGCAAUUCAUGCGCUGAUCCAGCGAAUGCUGCAAUUAUCACUCAGUGUGGUGGGAUUCCUCUUAUCAUACAAUGUUUAUCUAGCCCUGUCAGAAACACUGUGAAUUAUGCUCUUGGGGCUUUGUAUUAUCUCUGCAACGCAUCUAAUAAGGAAGAGAUUUUGAAGCCAGAAGUAGUUGAAGUCAUAAAAAGGUAUGCUGCAGCUGAAGCAGUAAGUGUAAGCUUCAGCAAUCUGGCCAAAGCAUUCUUGGACAAGCAUGUCUCAGAAUAGAUGCGACAUAAAAAAAUCCAAGUUGUCAUGCUAUCCCCUGGAUGAAUCACAAGAUUUUUUCUUCCUAAGAUAGGUAAGGGUCUACAUUCACACC